UAAGCAAUACUGUACCACCAGUCACCACCACACUCCACACUCCACACCCCACCAUAGUUCAUCCCCAAUUCCUCCCUUCUUUCUUCUUUCUCUUUAAUCUAUUCUUCCUUUUAUAAAAUUUGUGUUAAUUUGACCAUCUUUUUCCCUCAUUCGUCUGUCAAUUUCUUUUUCUUUAGUCUCUGCAGUCUGCUUACAUAAAACUUCCAAAACCUCCCAUGAAAUUCAAAUUCCACUUUCUUGAAAUUAAUCUCCUUUGUCUUUGUCUGGUCUUUAUUUUGGGUUUCAAAUUCCUAAAAUGAGGAAACCGAAACCCCACUUUUUCACUUAAAUAAAAACCCACCACUCCUCCCUCCUCUGUACUCCACUCCACUGUUCUUAUUUUAUACACUUUCACACUCUUUGGGGAGAGAGACAGAAACCAAAAAAUGGGUAGAGAAUCAGCAGAAAUUUCUGCUUCUUCUAAGCUCAAAAAAGUAGCUAAGAAGCUCCUCUUCCUUAAUUGUUGCUCAGCCUCAACAACCGUCGCCAGCGGUAGCUCCCGCGGCGGCACAAGCUUUAAUUCCAAUGUGGGGCCCGGUCAAGAAGCAGAAUUGGGGUGUUGUUCGCCUCCGAAAGAAGCUCUGAAUUAUUUGUCAGAGAUGGAAGUGGAAGAAGAAUAUGUACCCAGUGUCUCAUCUAAGAAUGUAUGCACAAUAUGUCUUGAACCAUUGCUCAACAGUAGCUACACAUCAUCAAGUAGCCCUGGAAAAGCAAUAUUUACUUCCCAAUGCUCUCAUUCAUUCCAUCUAUCAUGUAUCUCCUCAAAUAUUCGGCACGGAAGCAUAAACUGUCCAGUUUGUCGUGCACAAUGGACACGCUUACCUCGCACCUUACAUCCACCUUGUUGGCUCCCCCGUAACCAAGAUGAUCCUAUCAUUCGCAUACUUGAUGAUUCCAUCUCCACAUUUCGGGUCCAUAGACGGUCUUUUCUUCGCACUGCUCGCUACAAUGAUGAUGAUCCUGUGUCCCCUGAGGCGGCUCACUCUUCUUGCCAGCCACGUCUUUGCUUCAAUCUUGUCCCAUUGGACGAACACUUGAUGAGUACUGGUUCACUGUCAUCACCCUGGUACAAACGUAAGAGAUCAGCAUAUCUAUGUGUUAGGUUAGCUCCUCUACAAGCAAUAGAUUUAGUAGUGGUUGCCACCCCAAACGGUCCUCAUUUAAGGCUCCUUAAGCAAUCAAUAGCACAAGUGGUAUUCUCCUUACGGGCUGUAGAUAGAUUAGCAAUAGUGAGUUACUCUUCUGCUGCAGCCCGCAUCUUCCCACUCAGACGCAUGACAACCUAUGGCAAGAAAGCAGCACUUCAAGUCAUUGAUCGGCUAUUCUACGCUGGACAUGCCGACCCUGUGGAAGGACUCAGAAAAGGUAUUAAAAUUCUAAAGGAUCGUACUCAUGAAAACCCGUUUUCCUCCAUGCUACACUUAUCUGAUUAUCCAAACGGACCCACAAGUAGUAGAUAUCACAGCACCAUAAAUGACAUAGAAAGGAGCAUGCCUUUUCCUAUCUGUGUACAUCAGUUUCAUGUAGCAGGUUCAACAAACUCAAUCAUGCAUCAGCUUGAAGAAUUCUUAAGAAGGUUACUGGGUGGUCUGAUACAGGAAGUUCAGCUGAGGAUAGGUAGUAGUGACCAUGAGGAAGAUGGAAGAAUAGUUAGGCUCGGGGAGCUAAGAGGUGACGAGGAGAGAAGAGUUCUCAUCGAAGUAGAUGAUCAUGCCUGCUGCAUUGGAUACAGCUAUGUUGAGGGUGGGAUGAGUGUUAUUGAUGAGCGAAUAAGAGUAGGCGAAGUGGUGGUUAGUAUUGGAGACACCGAUGAUGGGGCGGAAGUAGCAACCAUCACCGAUGGGCCACGAAGUAGCUGUGUUGAUAGUUGGGAUUAUCAUGACCCUUACAUGGCUAGGAGAUGGGCUAAGAGAUUGCAUGAAAGGCACAGGAUAUAAUGUAUCUUCACUGUUGUAUAUCUAUUCUGUAUUUACCUCAUGAACACCUCUUUUUUCUUUUUUAAGCUUAUUUUUAUUUUUAAUUUUUUUGUAUUCACAAAGAUUAAUUCCAUUUACAGAUGUAUUUGUUCAAUUACUGAUAUAUUCAUUACCAUUAUUUUUUUUAUUCA